UAUCACAACAAUAACAAUAUUAAUAGCAACAGUAAUAAGAAUACCAACAACAAUAGCAAUCAAAUGCAAAAGAUACGACAGCAACAUCAACAUCUCAGCAAUGGCCAUUUAGCAAAAUGCAAUCAAGCACCGCAGCCAGCAACUCCACAGGGAUUCAAUCAUCCGACGGCGCUUGGUUAUGGCCAGUUGCCACAUCACAUGACACAUUUGGGCAGCUAUGCGCCGCAGCCGGCGCCAGCAAUGCAGAGCGGCAAACAGCCGCAUUUCUACGUGAGCAGUGCCAAGCCCUCCAAGUACAAUAAUAGUGCUAACCCUAAUAGCAAUAGCGGGAGUGGCAACGGUAGUAGCUAUGUGCAUUCAUCGAAAACCAUUCUGCAGAAUACCUAUCGCACUGCCAAGACCAAUGGCCAGGCGCCCGUUUCAGCCACAGAACCAGUAGCGACAGUGCCAGCGGCAACAACAGCAGCAGCAGCUGCUACAACGGCUGAACUAUCGCUGCGCAUUGUGGACAGAAGCAGCAAUGGCGAUAAUCUUGUCUUAGGCAAUGAGGAGAUCUGUGAACUAGUGCCUGAGCAGGCGCCCGAUUGCUGUGCGCCUUCGCCGACAUCCGCAACGCAGGCAGACGAUUGCAGUAGCAGCGCAGAACAUCUGGAUGCUGCUGGCGCGCUGUCCAAUGAAGAUGGCAGUACGGGACGCAGUGGCAAGGACAAGACGCCCAUGUGUCUGGUCAACGAGCUGGCCAGGUACAACAAGAUCACACAUCAAUAUCGGUUGACGGGCGAACGCGGUCCAGCCCAUUGCAAAACUUUUACGGUCACCUUAAAGCUGGGCGAGGAGGAGUACUCUGCAGAUGGUUUCAAAAUCAAGAAAGCUCAACAUUUGGCCGCCUCGAAGGCCAUCGAAGAGACCAAAUAUAAGCAUCCGCCGCCAAAGAUACGUCGCAACGAUGAGACCAGCUCGACCCGCACACACAUCACGCCUACCGUUGAGCUGAAUGCGCUGGCCAUGAAGCUCGGUCAGCGCACUUAUUAUUUGCUGGAUCCCACUCAAAUGCCGCCUGCAGAACAAAUGCUGCCACCAGAAUAUGCCACACCGUUGUUGCCAACACCAGCGCCUGGUUUGCCCCCACCACCACCGCCGCCAUUUGCAUUACGCCGCAAUGCCAAUGGUAGCUAUGUAUUGCCUGCACCGCCCAUGCAUCCGCAUCAUGUGGCGAUGCAAACGCAACGCGCCAUCUACGGUCAACGUCCGUAUGCGCCCAAAUAUCAAUCACGCUUUACUUUAGCUCCAACACUGGGACCGCACAUGUUGGCCGGGCCCCACGGACCGUAUGCGCCCGCCCUUCCUGUGACGCCUAGCAAGAUCACCCUCUUCGUGGGCAAGCAAAAGUUCGUGGGUGUUGGUCGCACACUGCAGCAGGCCAAGCACGAUGCAGCGGCGAGAGCGCUGCAAGUGCUUAAGACUCAGGCGAAUAGCGCAACAGAUGAAGCGCUGGAUGAUUCCAUGGAUGAGGGUGACAAGAAGUCGCCCAUAUCGCAGGUGCAUGAAAUUGGCAUCAGACGGAACAUGACGGUGCAUUUCAAGGUGCUGCGGGAAGAGGGCCCGGCGCACAUGAAAAACUUCAUUACAGCUUGCAUUGUGGGAUCUAUUGUGAGUGAGGGCGAGGGCAAUGGCAAAAAGAUAUCGAAGAAACGUGCAGCGGAAAAGAUGCUGGCCGAAUUGCAGAAAUUGCCACCACUCACGCCCACCAAACAGACGCCCAUGAAGCGCAUCAAAGUGAAGACGCCCGGUAAAGGUGGUGCAGCAGCGUCGGCAGCUGCCGCGGGCAUGUCAGCUGUCGCCAUCACACCGCUUGCCAAGCCGGAGCGACGCAAGCGUUUGAGUGGGCAUCAAAAGGAUAAGUCUACGGUGGACCUAGAUGAUGCCGAAAAUCCAAUUACAAAGCUCAUACAACUGCAGCAGAUGCGCAAGGAAAAGGAACCCAUCUUUGAGCUUAUUGCUAAGAAUGGCAACGAGUCGUGCAGGCGACGCGAAUUCGUCAUGGAGGUCUCGGCCAGCGGACGCACAGCUCGCGGCACAGGCAACAGCAAAAAGCAGGCCAAACGAAGUUCAGCCCAGGCGCUUCUGGAGUUACUGGAAAAUCCAGAGCAUAGCGUUGGAGAAAUAGAGCAUGCCAUGGAACAUAAUGUGGCGACAGUUGCAACGGCAGCUGUGCCGACAGCUGCGCUGACUGUAGAACCAACUAUAGGGUUGGAUGUGCCCAUGGUAUCAACGCCUGUGGGUCCUGUGCCAGGUAUUCUUAUACUACGUCAGAACAAAAAACCGAAAAAGAAAGAUGCUGUGGUUGUGGUCAAAGCCAAUAUGGAGGCAAGUAAGGACAAGGAAGUCAAAACAGAAGCAGCAACAGCAGCAGGGGACAAGACUUCUCACAACAGCAACAGCCAUGCAAACAACAACAGCAGCAGCAGCAAUGAGUCCCAUGCCCAUGAAGCAGCAAAUGAGAGCAGCCUGAACACCUCCACCGGCAGCAAUACCAGCGGCGUCAGCAGCAACAGCAGUAAUGCGCCGGGAGCCAGCGGCGGUGGUGGCGACAACAACAACAACAAUGGUGCCGGUGGUGGUGGCGGCGGUAAUGGAAGCGGCGGUGGUGUGCAUAUGAAAGAGCAGCUCAUAUAUUUAAGUAAACUAUUGGAUUUCGAGGUCAACUUUUCGGACUAUCCCAAGGGCAAUCAUAAUGAGUUUUUGACAAUAGUCACGCUCUCGACAACGCCGCCACAGAUCUGCCAUGGCGUGGGUACAAGCUGUGAGGAGUCUCAGAAUGCAGCCGCACGCAAUGCACUCAAAAUAUUAAGUGAACUUGGCCUGAAUAAUGCCAAGAAAUAAGCCAAACUAAUUAACUGCAAUUUAUGUAUUCUUUUUAUUAUUUAUAUUGAUAAUGCGCGCAAGUGUAUCAAAAGCAAAGAGAAAAAUGCAAA